GCAUGCAUCUUUAUUUGUAUGCUUGCUUUGUAUUUAUUGUAUGUUCAACACCCAAAUGAACCUUAUAUUGGAAACUUGAUUUUAAUUUGUUGGCAGCACCUUUGCCUCAGUUUGGGCAAUAAAGGGAGUUUCAGGCUUUGCAGGAGAUCAGAGGCUGGUAUAUCCCAGGAUGGGAUCACUGAUCAACAGUCACCAAGGAGGCUCAUAGGUUGGCGACCCUCACAGCACCUGGGAAGACAUCUGGCUAAGGUCUGCCGAGCGGCAGAGCCUACAUCUGUACUUUCUAAGUCUUGGUGUAGUUAUGAGAUUGGUGCUGGGAAAAAAAUAGGCUGCAUAAAUGUUAUAUUGUACAUGAGGAGGUUUGUUUGCUUAUUUAUUUGGAGAUCCAUGUUUUGCAGGAAACGCAUACCUUAGAUCAAGGGAAGAAGAAAGCCAGCAUGAGCCUGAUAGAAAACUGUCGAUCUGUCACAAAGGAUGAUAUAGUUAUUCCUGAUUCCUCGGCAGUCCAACAACAUAAGCUCCCUCCUCUGGUUAGUGCAUUGAAAGCUUCAGCAGAAGAAAAUGCAGCCAGUUUUCACUUCCCUGGUCACAACAGAGGGCGAGCUGCACCAUCGUCAUUGACUCAGCUUAUUGGUGUAAGACCUUUCCUUCAUGACUUACCUGAGCUUCCAGAACUUGACAACCUCUUUACUCCAGAGGGGCCCAUUUUAGAUGCACAAAAAGAAGCUGCUAAGCUGUUUGGAGCAUUUGAGACAUGGUUCCUAGUUGGGGGUAGUACAUGUGGAAUCCAUGCUGCCGUCAUGGCUACAUGUUCACCAGGAGAAACUCUUAUUCUCCCUCGGAAUUGCCAUAUAUCAGCCACAUCCGCCAUGGUAUUGUCUGGCGCACUACCAAAGUACAUUAGCCCUGCGUAUAAUUUUGAUUGGGACAUUGCUGGUGGCAUCACUCCAUCUCAGGUAGAGAAGGCAAUCAAGGAAUUGGAAAUGGAAGGUCAAAAAGCAGCUGCAGUUUUCGUCACUUCCCCUACUUACCAUGGUAUCUGCAGCGAUGUGGGUUCGAUUUCUCAGCUCUGUCAUUCUCAUGAAAUUCCCGUAAUUGUUGAUGAGGCUCAUGGGGCACACUUAGGAUUCCAUCCACAGCUGCCUAGGUCAGCUCUCCAUCAAGGGGCUGAUCUUGCUGUGCAGUCUACUCACAAAGUUCUGUGCUCUCUUACACAGUCAUCGAUGUUGCAUGUGUCUGGAAAUCUUGUUGAUAGAGAAAGAAUUUGUAGAUGUCUGCAAAACCUUCAAAGCACGAGCCCUAGUUAUCUGCUUUUAGCAUCAUUGGAUGCCACAAGGGCCCAAAUAAGUGAAAACCCAAAAAAUUUUUUAACAAAGCAAUUGAAUUGGCUGUUGAGGUAAAAACUAGGAUCAACAAAAUUCGUGAACUUUCAGUCCUCGAUUUACCAAGUUUUUCUGAUUUUCCAGUAAUUGAUCCUCUGCGAAUUACUAUUGGUGUAUGGCAGCUUGGUCUUUCUGGUCUUGAAGCUGAUGAGAUCUUAUACAGGAAAUAUGGGGUCGUUUCAGAACUUACUGGUACCCGAUCUAUUACGUUUGCUUUUAACCUUGGAACCUGUAGAGAGCAUGUUGAUAGGCUUAUAUCAGGACUAGAACAUUUACCAGAAACUUUCUUACCAAUUCAACGCAUUGAAGAUAGGGUAGAUGAUGGUUGUGGUGCACCCUUUGAUGGAAUUACCAUGAGCCUGAGUCCUAGAGACGCCUUCUUUGCAAGUAAGAGAAAAGUGAGUGUCAAAGACAGCCUUGGAAAAACUUGUGGAGAGCUUAUAUGUCCAUACCCACCCGGUAUACCUUUGUUGAUCCCUGGUGAGGUUAUCACAGAGAGAGCAAUGGCAUACUUGCUGCAAGUUAGAAGUAAGGGCAUUGUUGUUAGUGGAGCAGCUGAUCCCUCUCUCUCCACUAUAGUUGUAUGCAAACCCUGAGCAAAUUUCAGCUCUCUAAGCACCAGCGGCUGAUAUGGGAAGCCAAGUUUACAUUAUCGAAAAUCCUGGUAUGAUUUCUGGUAUUGGAGGAGAUGAGCCAUUGUUCUACCAACAUACCACACCCCCCCAAAAAAAAAAAAAAAAAAAAAAAGGGGGCCGAAGGGGAAGAAGAUUUGCAGUAAAUCAGAGUCUAACCUGCGUUCACAACGGAGCCUGCAUUGAAUUCAAUGUAAUAUCCAAUAUCAGAUUCUAAGUUUGCAGAUUGAGAUUGCAUUAGACGGUCUCUUGGGAUGAAUGAACAUUUUGUAUUUGAUGUAGCAUUUGAAAUGAAUAUUUGAGCUAAUAUCUGAUUGUUAA